AUGCGGAGAAAACCUCUCGGUCGCCGCCGAAAAAUACCGACGGUACGCCUAGGAGGUGAUUCGAAGAAACCACGGAGAGGUUUGAUAAUAGUGAAGUUGUUGAGGGGAAUUAGACUCAAGUGGUUGAAAUUGCAGUAUUCAUGUAUGUUAAAGAAGCUUAAAGAUACUUACUAUGCAGUUUUGAAAGAUCUUAUUGAAGCUGGAUCGACGUUCGAAUCGAUCCAACAUCGCAUUAUGAAUGAAAGUUACUUCUCUGCUGUUCCUAUUAUGGCUGUUCCUUCUGCUGGUAUAACUUCUUUCAUUGGUCCUAAUAGAGCUCACUCUAAGACUUGA